AUGGAUAAAGACAGUGGCUACGACAGUGGCCGAAGUCGAGGAUGUUUCCUACAAGAUCUCUCUGGUGCAAUGGAAAGGAUGUCAGAAGAGGUCACGUGUCCCAUUUGCUCUAACCUCAUGGUGGAGCCCGUGAGUACUGAAUGUGGCCACAACUUCUGCAAAGAAUGCAUCUUUCAGGUUGGAAGAGAUAGGGACAGUGCCUGCCCUGUGUGCCAGCGCCCAUUUCUCCUCAGUAAUCUCCAGCCUAAUGAGGAGCUAGCCAGUAAGGUGGACAACCUCACACAGAAGGGCCAGAGCACCAAGCAAGGCCUACAGAGACAUCGUUGUACGUUCUGUGAGGAAUUUUGGAACCGUCUUCGCCGGGUGUGUGACCAAUGCCCAAAAUGCUGUUUCCCUUGCAUGGGCCCUACAGAUAAAGAUGCUCCGAAUUACGAGAGAAAAGUUGAGAUGCACAAAUCAAGGAUUCACAUGGAGUUCAAGCAGCAGAGAACAUUUCUGGAUAAUGAAGAACAGAAGAGGUUGGAGAAACUACAAGAAGAUAAGAAGACUCAGCUUAGAAUCUUAGAAGGGAUUGAGAACCAGUUGUCUCAGCAAAGGAGAGCCCUGCAGGAGCUGAUCUCAGAGCCGGAGCAAAGGAGUCAGGACUCUGCAUUGGACAUGAUGCAGAUAAGAUACAUCACGUUGGAUCCAGAAACAGCCAAUCCCUGGCUCAUCCUUUCUGAGGAUCUGAGACAAGUGAGGCUUGGAGAUAAAUGCCAAGAGUCCCUUGACAAUGAUGAGAGAUUUGAUUGUUUUCCCAUGGUCCUUGGUGCCCAGAGCUUCAGCUCUGGAAAGCAUCACUGGAAAGUCGACGUGACCGGAAAGAAAGCCUGGGACCUAGGGGUUUGUAGAGACUCUGUGCAAAGGAAGGGACCAUUUUUGCUCAACCCUGAGAAUGGCUUCUGGACAAUUUGGCUGUGGGACAAACAAAAAUACGAGGCUGGAACCUCCCCAAAGACCUCACUUGACCUUGAGGUACCUCCACGCCAAGUAGGAAUAUUCUUGGACUGUGAUUCUGGCACAGUCUCCUUCUACAACAUCACUGACGGUGGCUCCCUUAUCUACGCUUUCUCUGAAUGUGUCUUUGGUGGUGAGCCCCUGCGGCCCUUCUUUAACCCUGAUGACGGAGAAAACACUGAUCCUCUGAAACUCUGUCCACUAAGUUGA